UUAUAAAAGGCACCUUCAGGAGGUCUAAUACGGCAGCUGAACUGAACUGUUACAGUACCUACGAGCAUCUCUGUAUUCCCGAUUCAUGAAAUAAUUCGGCAUAAUUAUAUGAUAGGCUUUGUAUUAUUAGAACUCUCGAAAGUCUCAUUUAUCACAUGAAUGAAUUUAAUCACAGUUUUUUAAAAGAAAAUUUUCUCUACCUUACGAUGAUGUACUUAGAAUUUAAUUAUCUUGAAAUUAUGUUUGAGCAAUUCUUUCUUGUUCGAUAAAAAACGUGACCAUCUUAAGAAAAACACAUUGGUCAUAACUCCAUUUCGGGAUCUGCCCAUGCAACAAAUGAACUUUCUUGUUGGAAUUUUUUUUUAGAAUCGUUCCACAGAGUUUUCCACUGAAUGGAUGCUUGGUUUGUCCCAACAAUUUUCCAACUUUUUAAAGGGAUAGAGAGGUGAUGGGGCGUGAGAGGGCUGUGACGCAAGUACACCCCUCCCCGGGCAGCCUCCUAUAUAACAGCUCAUUCAGUCACCUCUCCAUUCUAGUGUUCGUCCAAGAUGAAGACCGCGGCCAUAGUUACUUGCAUGAUUGGGCUUGCAGCAGCUCUGCCAUACCCUCAGCAGCAGCAGCAGCAGUUGGAACCUAGGGCUUCCGGUCCGACCACCCCUCCAGUCCCCAUAGUGUCCUACGACAAUCAUCUAAAUUAUGAUGGUUCCUAUACUUACAGUUUCGAAGGAGGUGAUGGUACAAAAGCAGUUCAACAGGGUUCGCUGAAGACUAUCGGAAACGAAGCCGGAGAGGUCUCUCAAGGUUCCUACUCAUACGUAGGUGAUGAUGGCAGGACAUACACCGUAGAAUACGUGGCAGAUGAGAACGGAUAUCAUGCAGUCGGUGAUCACCUUCCACAACCUCCACCCAUUCCAGAGGCCAUCAGAAAAUCUCUGGAGUAUCUAGCAACCGCUCCACCUCCACCGCCUGAGAACAAUCAACAACAGUACAACAACCAGCAACUCAACAAUCAGCAACAAUAAAUAAAAAAAAUCAUAAGCUAUUUACUGACAAACAUAAGCUGAACCUCAACUGAUUUAACUUGGUGAGCUGUAAUCAUUCAUUCAACUAGCUUCAGCAAAUUCAUAGUUAAUUAUGAAAUUACUUACAUUUUCUUUCUUUUGCUGAUUAAACAUGACACGAACCUACUUUCAAUAUGGUAUGUUUACGAGAGUCAUAAAACAAACAACGAACUUGAAUUAUAUUAAUAGCCGAUAUUCACGUAUGGUAAUCAGCUCCAUCAUCGAUUGAUAUGAUAGAAUAAAUUUGGGACAAAAUAUGAGUAACUAUUUUAUUUAUAUGUUAAGCUUAAAAUAAGACCAAGAAGCACAUGUGAUAUGUUAUUUUAAGUUAAAUCAAAAUAUGUAAUUUGUAUCAAAAUCUUUAUGCUUUGUCAAACUUGAAUUCUGUGGACAUUUGACAUUUGAUAUCUAUAGAAUUAUGUAUAUCUUUUAUAUUUAUAAAUAAAUUUUGUAUAUAAAUCGUGUGAUUCUAAA